AUGACAGAAUUAACGAUACAAGACAUCCCGAUCGAAGUGUUCCUCGAUCACCUUUUGCCAGCCAUCGACCUACCCGACCUCCUAUCUCUAGCCCAGGCCAACAAGUUCUUUUCUAGCUUAUGCGCAGAUGAUACUUUCUGGAAGGUAAAGCUCAAACACGACUACAACUUUUCUAUCGUAGACGCCAGGAACAAAGGCUUCAAAUCCUUAUAUCGGGGAAUCAAGAAUCCUCAGCUACACGUAUGGGGUGAAAAGACCCACGGGCGCUUAGGUAUUAGCAGUUCUAAUAGGGUUUUCGCGGAGUGGCCAUAUAGUGGAGGUGUCCCUUUCCCCGUUCGACUUCACAUCGCGAACGCUCGUGUGGUCAAUGUCGCUGCUGGAGGAUGGUCGACUUAUGCGCUUGAUGAUUCGGGGGGUCUAUACGUCUGGGGUAAACUCCACGCGGAAUUCUUUUCUGUUCGACAAGACUUCUCGGACCCGGGUGCGGAGGCAACCACGCCCACGCGCUUGGGCCUCCCUGAGCCCAUCGAAGGCAUCAGCGUCGGACGGAAGCAUCUCCUAGCUCUAGAUGUCAAGCGCCAAGUGUGGCUCUUCACCUCGUGGGGGACACCCGCUAAGCUCGUCUCUCCGCUGAUUAACGACGCCUUCUCAACUGCCACUCGAGUCGUCCAAGUGGCAUGUGGAUGGGACUUUUCCGCGGUACUCACAGCCUCGGGUGCUGUAUACGCGGCAUGGCCCUGGAAAGGUACAUUCAAGGCUGCACUUGAGCACCACGCGGAAGAGUUGAAACAUCAGCAAUCACCCGUCGCACCCGCCAAAAAUGGUGUAAUUGAAUGCCAGGCUUGGGAACUUCGCCACGACUUGUUAGAAUUACCGCCCUUACCAACCAAUUUGCCUGAUCUUUCCAUCGCAUUAGAAGAAGAGUCACUGGAUACCAGGAAGGGAAACUAUCGUGUGACAAAGAUAGCUGCGGGGGACAAUUUUCUCAUUGGUCUCACCAAUCAUGGCCAUGUGCUUCGGAUUGACUUCAAUUUCAGCGAUGAAGAGCAAGAUCCUAGCAACGCUUUUCGGCGUCGAGCUUUUCAAUGGCAAUACCUCCCCGAAUUCAGUGAGCUGGAGCGUGUACAACAGCACCCCACUUUCGCUGGGGAGUCUCGAAAAGUACAAAGUGGUAGUGACAGUGCUUCCUUAGCCCCGCCCGAACAGUUAUCAAUCACUCAUAUUUCAGCCUCUUUCCAGACUUUUGUUGCUUAUUCGGUUGGAAGCUCCUCAAUUGUUCUCAUUGGGUCUUCAAAGUCAGGAGAUAACGCAACUACUCCUAAGAUUAUCCCCGGUCUUCAAUACCAAAACAUCGUCUCUGUUGAGUUGGGAGAUUAUCACUACGCCGCGCUCACUCAAGACGGACACUUGUUCACGUGGGGUCAAUUCUCCAAAGGUGCACUUGGUUUGGGGGUCCCUGAGAGUUCGACUCCCCCUUCCUUUCAUGCGCACCUGCCGCGUCAUAUUCCACCGCGUCGUCUCGGUGGUAGAUGGACGUCUUCUCCCCCAGGCGUCGAAGUGCCCUCUGAAGUCUUCUUUGACCAUGAAGACGGAAAAAAGGACAAGUUUGUGUUUGCAAUCGCUGCCCGCGGUUGGCAUACCGUUGCGCUGGUGAUUGACCUAGACUACAAAAAGGAAAAGGAGAACCAGUCGGCCAAAACGAGUAAGGAUAACGAUACAUCUAGUAUCACCUCUGCGGAUGACAGGGCUUGGAACGCCGCUCAUGCUAAUUCCUCACCUUACACCCUUCCUGGCCCUAUACCAGGUGGUCCUUUCCCCGAUCCGGUUGAGGCACAAAUGGUUGGAUAUAAUUCAAGAAAUCGGCAAGCGGAGUUCGGGGACCCCCCUGUACCCCUUUGGCCGAUCCGUGCGGCUAGAAUAGGAUAUGCAGGGCGCGGGAGGGGGGGAUCAUUCCUAACCGGGGUGGGUCGAGGCAGCGAAGUAGACGCAGGUUCCUCUCCCGCCGUACCUGAAUCAAGCCAAUCGCAAGAAGCCGCACCUGUUGAAGAAAGGGAGGCCAUAGAUGGAAGUUCGGGCGGUCAUUGGGAAUCGUUUAGGGGCCGUGCCCUUGCUGGCGGAUUUCGGGGGUUGCCAGGACGGGGCCGUGGCGCGGGGCCCAAUAGACAACAAUCGUUGUGA